AUGUCGACCACUCCAGCCCCCUCGGCCCCCGCCGACAAGAGCAAGAAUGGAGACCGCAGCAGCCUGGGGAAAUACGUCAAGCGAAUGAGCACCGUCUUCAAGAGAGACCGCUCCAGCAAGAACCAGCCGCCUGCCCUGUCCCCAGACGCACCACCCCAACCACCCCAACCACAACCACAACCACAACAACUACCACAACAACAACAACAACUACCACAGCAACCCCCCACGAUCGAGACGGCCGAAAAAACUACCCAGACCGACCAACUCCCCUCGCCCCCCCUCCCCGUCCCUACCCAUGUCGACACCCCACCCGCUCCCGUUCCCAAGGCCAUGGACCGCAAUGCUAUGCAGCAGGAGCGUGCCCGCGCCCUCUUUGCAAAGUACGGCCUCACUCUGGAAUCCCAUGAAUGGAUCGCUGCCCCGGCUGCCCCGUCAACCGUCGAGCGCGUCGAGAAGCCCAUUCGCAUGCGUGUCCACCGCAGCUGCCACCGCUGCGGCACCCUCUACGGCUCCGACCGCACCUGUGUGCAGUGCGAGCACCGCCGCUGCAAAAAGUGCCCUCGCUACCCCAAGAAGAAGACGCCCGAGGAGAAGCAGGCCGACAAGGACCCCAAUGAGCCUCCCAAGCGCAAGCGCAUGCUGACCAUCCGCACCCGCACCGGCGACGAACUCGUCUACCAGCCUGCCAGACAGCGCAUCAGACGCACCUGCCACAAGUGCUCCACGCUCUUUGUCCCCGCUACAGCCACCGUCUGCCAAAACUGCCAGCAUCUGCGCUGCACCCGCUGUGCCCGUGAACCCGCAAAGUUCACCAAAUGGCCGACAGGCUAUCCGGGAGAUGCCGAGCCUGACAGUGAGACUGAGGUGGACAAGCAGCUCGAGACGUUCAGAAGGACAUGGCGGAAGCCUAGGACAAGGGUGCGAUGGCAGUGCGAGCAGUGCAAUAGUCUCUUUCAAAAUCACUCGCCCCAGUGUCCAGGCUGUAGCCACAUGCGCUGUGAUCAGUGCACUAGGUCUCCAGUCAAGAAACCAAAGACGGGCGAACAGUUUGAUGCCCAGGUGGUUGCUGCUGUCGAGGCUAAGCUUAGAGCCAUGGGCGUGGAUGAUGAGGUGUCUUCAGGGGCAGAGACUAUUUGAUCCAAGACUUGGCUGCAUACCAGCCGAAUACCAUAUGUUGAUUACAUAGUCACAGCAAGUCGAAUGCAUGUGUAGACAUGUACAAUGUAGACAUGUGAAGACAUAUCUAGACACGUGUAGACAUGAUGUGUAGCAUCAUGCAUAGACCACAUGGCCCGUAGACCGACAUGCAUGGCGUCCAG